UUCCUUGGAUACGUAAUCGGAAGUAAACGUUGCCUCUAGCGACCCCUUUCAUUAUUGACCAAAAAGAGUGUAGAGCCGUGAUCAACACCGUUUGGCGGCCUAUCCUUCAGCUACAUAUACUUUGAAAGGGAAACAGGAUGGCUGCUGUGGAACAAGCAAUGCCAGCAACAGCUACUCUGGCUAGCCGUGAGGUUCCCCCCGAUCCUCCAGCGCCUGUUGUGAAUCCUAACCCAAAUAUGGAGAUAACAUACACAGGCAACACUGGAAACGAUAUGGGUAUCUCAACCAUGGGUUUCCGCUCUGCGAAAUUUAACCCAUCAGAAUGGCAGGAGAGUAACUAUUCUAAGUACUACCAGUCGUUUGUGGACCGAGAUAAUGCAGAGAGAGCCAUUCAUGAGUCAAAGAGGACUGUCAAAGAGGCGGAAGAAACCACAAACAGGACUCAAGCCGAGGCAACCAAAAAGCUAGCAGAGAGUGCAAAGAACAUCGAGUUUUGGAAGUUCGAACUCAACAGAGAAAUUCAGGAUGUGAUUGAUGAAACUGACUUACUACUGGCUCAAAAGAAACGCCUGGAGAAUGCUCUGAGAGCUACUGAGGUACCCCUUCAUAUUGCCACUGAUAACCUCAACUGCCGUCAACGUCGUCUGGGUGUUGAUUUGGUGCAAGAUGAUGUGGAAAUUUCUCUACUUAAGGAGGUGGAAAUUAUCAACAAUGUGCAAGAUCUACUAAAAAAUACCAUCAAUCAGACAGAAAAGCAAAUCAGACUUAACCGUGAUGCCAAGCAAAAUCUGGAAAUGGACUGGAGUGACAAGAAAGAGGCUCUGGAAAUCGAAACAAAGAGUGGGUCUCUGAGAAAUCACCACACCAACAAACAAUUCCACGAUGGAGCUGCAAAGUUUGAAGAAAUUCAGUCCACCCCAGAGUCGUGGGCGCAGUUCACACACGACAACAUUGCCCGUGCAGAGCAUGAGAGGAUGGCCAGCAUACAGCUGCGCACCCUGGUGGACAAUGUGCUGGAGGACACGUCCAGAGACAUGCGUGAACAGGCCGACCAGGUGGAUGUCAACUUCACAAAGAGAAUUGCCCAGAUGGAGGAUGCCAAGACCAAGCUGGAAGAAAAUCUCAACAAGGUUGUGAAGCAGAUCAAGGACCAGGAGUCAAACAUCGCCGAUCUGGAGAAGGCCAUCAGAGACAAGGAAGACCCGCUGAAGGUGGCCCAAACCCGCCUCUACAACAGAACCUACAGGCCUGGAGUAGAACUUUGCAGAGACCCAUCUCAAUACCACUUGGUGGGUGAGGUGAAUGAGAUCAACCAGUCGAUCGAUGCUCUCAAGCAACAGCUGAACCAAGCCCAGAACUCUCUCAAAGACCUGCAGGACAACCGCAUGGGCUUGGAGAAAGAGAUCUCAGUCAAGAAGAACAGCAUCUUCAUUGACCGUGAAAAGUGCCUGACAGUGAGGAACCGCUUCCCAUCCCGCACCAAGUUGCAGGGCUACCAGUAAAUUACAAGUCGUUGAAUGUUUGUGUAUAUUUAGCGAUUUUUUAAAAGAUUUAUAAAAUCACUAAUGCUGUUGACAUCCAUCAUUUAUGUUGCAGCAUUUGUUGCAAUAAACACAGAGUGUAAAUGUUUUAUAAUCAAUCUAAUGUCUUUUCUAAUUUGGUUUUCUGUGAAUGAAGCAUAAAAAAAAUACAAAGUAAAAAAUCACUCUGGUUUUGCAUACUGAAUUUAAAAUAUUUUGUGACUGCUUGCUUCCCACUAUACAAAAGGCUUGUGACUGUACAAAUAUUUGUUUACUUUUUAUCAUUAUCAAAUAAAAUGAUGAAAUUGUAGCUGCUUUGGUGACACGGUUGUGUUGUUUGAAUGCUAUGAACCACGUUAGCUAGCCAUAGUUGUCAUUUACCUUGAUCUCAAGGGUCAAAGGUAGGAAUUCGGUGAGGCAAGAGUAGCUAACUAUUCUAUCAGUAUUAUUAUCUCUUUCUGUUCCCUUGUUUUGUCCUUUUUACCCCCCACCUUCAUUCAUAUGAAUUUAUAUGAGUGUACACAUUUUCCAUAUCUCUGUCUUAUUUUUAUCCAUUGUUCUCCACCCCCACCCCCCUAUCUCAAUCAUUGGCAGCUCCUGCCUCCAAAGUACAAUCUAAAUGUCAACAAAUUUGGUCUUUGCUGGAUUUGUCAAUAAAGAUCCACAAUUUUUA